GCCAUUCAUGUGCACGUGUAGAGUGUGCUCAAGCUCUUGUAACCUCACCCACUGCACAGUUGACGACCGCCGACUGCACGACUGAGUUGGACACUCCGCAUUCUCUGAUGCCAACGCCGAUUACUCGUCCCAGACAGAGGCAGCCCGACUAAACUUGACUGACCUGUUCAGGUCAGCUGUCUCAUCCCUGAAUUUUUUUUCCUCGCCAGAACCGAGAACAUGGCCUCGCGGAAUCGCGAGCGAGGAUCCUACGUCUACGGCGAAAACAGCUCGGAGGCCCUGUCCACGGACCACGAGGCAGCAAGGCAGAGACACGCCACCUUGUAUGAUGCAGUCGCAGGUCGGGUUUCACAAAAGUUCUCAAAGGAUGGUGCCACCAGUGGCAGCCGCAAAACCACCUUGGGUCAACAUCACCUCGGCGACCCUGUUCUGCCCCCCGAAGAGGUCCUGUUCUCCCGCAAGCGCGCCCCGCAGCGUUAUGCCGAGAAGGACAUAUAUUUCGCAAAUGAGUCCCUGCUCGACGGUGGCCGCGACAUCCUUCCCGAUAGCGACAUGGUCAAGGGCAUACAUUGCUACGCGAGUCAUUUCUACGAAGCCCUGGGCCGCUGGUGUGCAAGGGAGCCACGCGGUAGUAUAGGGCGCGUCAACGACCGAAGCAUGGAUGAAACGGCGCUCCUCGCGAUUGGAAUCCUCCUGGAGGAGUCUGCCCGGCAGUCAUUGGGCAGGGACGGUGACCUGGUGCUCACCGAGGGCCUCGAGGACGGUGGCCGGGGCAUCCAGAAGGAGAGCAGCUCUCGCAGAACACAGACUCCUGUUGGAUUCGAGGGCGAGCUGACCUUCUGGAAAAGGCCAUAUGCGAAAAGGAGGAAAAUCAAAGACGAGACAGAUUAGACCUUCUAUGCUAGGCUUCAGGUUAAUGCUGGAAGCCACAUCACCGCAACGUCUGCCCAGGGGACCCCCCGUAAUCCCAAAGGAGAUUACUCAAGAACGCCGGGUCAAUCCCACACCCAAGAUGCCAGUUGUCGCCAUCAGACGAUCGGAAUGAAGAAUGCUUGCUCACAAACUGUUUAUUGAUACAUACGUUCUCACCAAGACCUUCGCUUGCCAGUAGUGAACCUCUACGAAGAUGCAUUGAAA